AUGGUUAGCUUCAAGUUUCUUGAUCUACCUUUGGAUCUUCUUCCAGUUAUAUUCAACCAAUUUUCGCUGCCUCGGCAUCUUCGGAAUAUCUGUUUGGUUAACAAAACAUUCCAGCUUUUUGCAACUCCAAAACUAUACGAACAAAUCUAUAUUCAUUCAUGGCAUAAACAAGGAAAGGAGAGGGUUAUACUCUUGUUCCUCAGUUUGUCUCGAUAUCCCCAUCUAGCCAAGCACGUUCGACGACUUGAACUCCGCGACUUUCCCAAAGCCUUGACUAACAGCGAUGGGCUCGACAUUAUUGAAACGGUUGUCCAUGGGCUGAGGAACUGUGCAAACUUGCAGUCAUGUACUUGGACAAGAGACGGUUCACUAGAUUCCGGUAUACUGGAGGCGCUCCAAUCUUGUCAUAAUCUUCAAACACUCGAGAUAAACGGACAUGCUGAAGGAAGCUACGAUCCUGAACUCCUUAUUCGCUUCGGUGGUCUUCAGAAUUUAUCUCUGAUUAUGCCUAGUUCUUCCGUUAUAUCAGUAUUACGUCCAUGGCUGCAGGGUUUGAGAACACCCUUAAGGAGAUUGACGAUCGUUUGCAAGACGUCUCCGAUCCUCACGAACGCAAAACUCGAAUUAUUAGCCCCCUACCUAUCACGGUUGGAACAUUUUCAUCUGACUGGAUGCUCGAGAGUCACACAAGAUGGUAUAGAAUCCGUCUUAUCUGCGAAUGAGGAUGGAAUUGUCAGUCUAGACCUUGAAGGACUUUCCCCCAAAUUUGAUCUGUCUCAAUUUACCCUCUACUGUAAUAAAACAAAUGCCCUUCGCCGCCUGCGUGCCAUUACCUUAACAGUCAACCAACAAACGUCUUUGAACACCUGGAUGAACGAGAUUGCUGCUCUUCUUCCCGCUACUGUUCCUCUCGAAACAUUCCAAAUGUAUUCCAGCGGCGCGUUCAUAGAACAAUCUCCUGCAACGGAACAACUAUGGUCUCACCUUUUGAACGCACAUCAGGGCCACCUGACCCGCUUCUCUAUUCAUCGCAUGCUCAUCAGCUUAAAUACCAUCGAGGACGUAUGCCUGCGUUGUACAAACUUAGAACAACUUUUUGUUGUAAUUGAACCGAGCUCCCUGGAAAAUCUCAGUUCUUGUCUUAGUUUGGCACCAAAUCUACGAGUAAUUCACAUAAAUUACCCUCUGGAAACAACUCAGAUGGGAAAUAUCCAUAUCCUUCCGGAAUACGAUGCACAGAAGAUUGUUGACCGGUGCGGUCCAAACGUAGUGCAAUUUGGUUGUAAUACCAGGGUGUGGCAGGUCGGCAGAGAAGUUCUUCUUGACCAGCACAAUGCUCCUGUGGGAAUCAGACGCCGUGUCAUGCGCUAUCAAGGUCUGGAUAUUCCUGAAGCGUUCCUAGUAGUACGCACUUGA